UGAUGUAGAUGAAGAAGAAGCUGUGACACUUCCUAGUUUGUUGUGAGCAGACGUUUAAUUUGAGGAUGCAUCAGAGCGGGGUUGGAAGUUACAUGAAGAGGAGAAAGCGGGGCUGCUCUCAAGCCUGAACAUAUUCUGUCUUCCUCCAUCUGGCCGUCACUGUCUCUGCCUCUUCUGAUUGGUGCUCAUCCCCUCUCUCCUCUCCCCCUCGUCAUCAUGCUGUGUUGGGGGAAUGCAAAGGACGGACAGUUGGGUACUGGUAUGGAGAGGAACCCCACGUUUGAGCCGAAGAACUGUCACGUGUUCAGCGGCAGGGGACUGAGGGAGGUAGCCUGCGGAUGGCAACACUCAAUGUUCCUCCUGCAGGAUGGCAGUGUGUACACAUGUGGCUCGAGCUGCUGUGGACAGCUGGGCCACGACAAACCAGGGACAUCUCCGGAGCUGGUAGGAGCUCUGGACACUCAGAAGAUAACGGUGGUGUCGUGCGGUCGGGCUCAUUCGAUGGCGGUGAACGAGCAGGGUCAGGUGUUUGCAUGGGGAGCUGGUGAGGGGGGCCAGCUUGGCCUCGGGACAGCAGAGGCGGCUGUUCGAAUUCCAAGGUUGGUCAAAAGACUUUGUGACCACCGGAUCUCUCAAGUAAUGUGUGGGAAUCAGCACUGCAUUGCACUUUCUAGAGAUGGCCAGCUGUUCACGUGGGGCCAGAACACCAGCGGUCAGCUCGGUCUCGGGAAAGGAGAGCCGAGCAAGCUGUUCCCUCAUCCCCUCAAGUCUCUGGCAGGAAUUCCCUUGGCGAAGAUAACCGCUGGGGGAGACCACAGCUUCGCUCUCUCCUUGUCCGGCGCCGUGUUUGGUUGGGGCAAAAACAAAGCCGGACAACUGGGUCUCAAUGACAAACAGGAUCGAGCUGUCCCGUGCCACAUCAAAUUUUUGAGAUCUCAAAAAGUUGUUCACAUCAGCUGUGGAGACGAACACACGGCAGCUCUCACAAAGGAUGGCGGCUUGUUUACAUUUGGUGACGGCUCGUGGGGUCAGCUGGGUCAUGGCUCCACCAAUAAUGAACUUUUACCCAGACGAGUGCUGGAGCUCAUGGGCACCGAGGUGUCCCAGAUCACCUGCGGCAGACACCACACGUUGGCGUUCGUGCCUUCCUCUGGUGUGGUGUAUGCAUUUGGUUGUAACAGCCACGGCCAGCUGGGCACAGGAAUACUGGGGGAUGCCAGAAGUCCGUUUCCUGUCAAGGCCAGUUUUCUGACUGGAAAUUUUAAUAGAACAGAAUCAAAACAAUAUACAGUGACCAAAAUCAUCUGCGGAGGAGACCAUAGUUUCUUAUUAUACUCUAAUGAACAGAGUUUUCUCCCCCCUGAAGAUUUCCGAGUGAUUAAUAUCAGCAAAUCAAUCUCCCCAAUCAAUUAUGAAAGAUUAAAUUCAUGGAGGUUAAAGCUGAUGUACAGCACAGAUUCUAGCAUCACAAAUGACAUCAUUAUUCAACUCUCCUCUACGGCUUGUUGGAAUGCCAGCUUCUUGGACCAAAGUGACGAUGCCCACUUCAAAACCAACCCAAAGAUCCCAGGCAUCGAUCUCAACUCUGUCAGGAUGCUAUUCGCGACGCUCAGCAAACCAGCUUUCUCUGGACUUCUGGAGCAGGCCACCAAGAGUUUUGAGAGUCUGUUGAUCCCUCAGCUGCCGCGCUCCCCUCCUGAUGUCGAGGCCAUGAGGAUCUACCUCAUCUUGUCCGAGUACCCGGCCCUGCAGGAUUCCAAGAACUACAUCCGCCUCACUAUCCCCUUUGCAAUGGCCAUCCUCCGGCUAGACGCCAACCCCAGCAAAGUAUUGGAUAACUGGUGGUGUUUCGUGGACGGCGGCGUUUUCACCAGAAUGGUCGACAUGUACAAGAGCAUCGUUGUGUUUAUGCUAACGGGAGGCAAGACGCUGCUCGUGCCGGUCUUCUAUGAGAACUAUUUUGUUGCCACGCUGAGGCUGCUGGAGAAACUCCACAAGGUAAACUUAAAGGCCCGUCACGUGGAGUACAACCGCUUUUAUAUCCCUGACAUCACCAACCUGGUGGACAUCCAGGAAGACUACCUCAAAUGGUUUCUGAGUAAAGCUGAGAUUAAAGUGGGAUCAUCCUCCCCUUCACAGAGUGACUUUCCCGCAGUGAACCUAUGUGCCUACCCGUUCAUACUGAACGCUCAAGCCAAGACAACCAUGCUGCAAACAGAUGCUGAACUCCAAAUGCAGAUGGCAGUAAGCGGUGCAAACCUGCACAAUGUCUUCAUGCUGCUCACGCUGGAACCCCACCUCGCUAGGAACCCUUACCUGGUGCUCCAUGUGCGCAGAGACCACUUAGUGAGCGACACAUUACGCGAGCUCACCAUGUACUCUGACGUGGAUCUCAAGAAACCUCUCAAGGUCAUCUUUGACGGAGAGGAGGCCGUGGACGCAGGUGGAGUAACUAAAGAGUUCUUCCUGCUGCUGCUGAAGGAGCUGAUGGAUCCCGUGUACGGGAUGUUUACUCAUUACAAGGACUCCAACCUGCUGUGGUUCUCAGACAAAUGUUUUGUUGAGCAGAACUGGUUUCACCUGAUCGGGAUCAUCUGCGGUUUGGCCAUCUACAACUCCACGGUGGUGGACCUCCACUUCCCUCUGGCUCUCUACAAGAAGCUGCUUGAUGUAACGCCGACGCUGGAGGAUUUCAAGGAGCUCUCGCCCACAGAGGCCAGGAGUCUGCAACAACUCCUAGACUAUGAAGGAGGCGACGUGGAGGAGACGUUUCUUCUCACCUUUGCUAUCACCAGGGACAACUACGGGAUGACAGAAGUCAAGGAGCUCAUCCCCGGAGGAGAAAGCAUCAGUGUGGACAAAAACAACAGGAAGGAGUUUGUAGAGGCCUACCUGAGCUACGUGUUUUCGGACUCGGUAAGCGAGCAGUACUUGGCCUUCUCCUCGGGCUUCCUGAAGGUGUGCGGGGGUGAGAUCCUGUCGCUGUUCCAGCCCUCUGAGCUGAUGGCCAUGGUGGUCGGCAACAAUAACUACAACUGGGAGGAGAUGGAGAAGAACGCAGUUUACAAAGGGGAAUAUUCAGCCACGCAUCCAACGGUCAGAUUGUUCUGGGAGGUUUUCCACGAGUUCCCUCUGGAGAAGAAGAAGCAGUUCUUAUUGUUCCUGACCGGCAGCGACCGGAUCCCGAUCCACGGCAUGGAGAGCCUGCGUAUCGUCAUCCAGUCCACCACAGCGGAGGAGGACUACCUGCCAGUGGCCCACACCUGCUACAACCUGCUCGACAUGCCCCGCUACCAGACCAAAGAGAUCCUUCGCCGCCGCCUCACUCAGGCCGUGGAGCAGUACGAGGGCUUCAGCCUGGUGUGAGGAGAGGCCGGGUGGGGGGUUGGGGGGGCAGCUCUGCAGCAGUUUUAAUGCACUUUAACAGCAAUACACCACCGUGUCAGUGUCAAAAGAGUGUAAUGGUGGACCUCGGGACGCAGGGAAGUCACUCUCUUUAUAUGCUCUUACAAGAUUGUUCUUGAAUCUGAAAGGUCUAUGUAUGUAAACGCAGAGUAUUCUUGUUUUUAUUGCUUUGGGGAAAGUUUCUCAACCUUUUAGGACCAUUUGAACGGUGUUUUACAGGCGGUGUUCAUUUAUUUAUUUGCAAUAUGUCACAAAAAAAUCAAACUAUACAUUCACACGAUGAUGAUUUAAAAAGCUGGGACCUGAAAUCAAAGACCAGAGGAGGUUGAGAAACUCUUUGGGUGUUUGUCAUUUUCUUUUGUGUAUUUUAUAUUCGACUCCUUAAAUUCUAUUUUUCACCUUUUAAAGAAUUCGUUAUUAUCGAGACAAUAUAUCUGAUUUUUGUUAUUUUUAAUUUAUUAAAUAGAGUGGUUAUUUUUCGACAGAAUAAACUUGUGUAUAUAUGUAUGUAAAUAGCACUUUGAAUAUAAUCUUUACCCCCCGACGUCAGGGAGGAGUGUCCGUCCUCCUUUUGAAAUCUGGACACCAGCAUGUCCUCUCUGCCUGAAACUAAAGUAUCCGAGUAUCAGGCAGAAACACGGUGAAUAUUAUUUGCGUUCCCUCUUUUCUUUUGGAGCUGCGGAUCAUGGAGCAGCUGAUUUUGUUUUUGAACCUGCAUUCAACAGUGUUGCCUUCUAACAUUACAGCAAAACCUUCAUGAAUCGCUGACUCUUACAUCUUUAGUGGUUAUCGUCCGUGUGCAUGUUCAUGAGUGAGAGCAAAAAAAAAAAGAAAAAAAAACCUGAUUGUCAUAUAAAAGUUUAAAAAAAGUUGGGUAAAGACGCUUAUUAGCUUUUCUGGCAGAGAGUUAGACGAGAAGGUUUUCAUGUUUUAAGGUGGCAACCAAACAGCUAAAUUCUGGAAAGCUCACACAACAAAAACUGCCUUGCAGCACUGUUAAAGCUCUGUAAUUAAUACGUGAUAUCUCGUUUGUACAGAUAUGAGAGUUUAAAUGAAAAUUCGACAUUUUACCGGUGCCUAUGUGCCCGACUGUUUCUUGGCUUCGACCAGAAAGUUACGAUGAAAUCUGUGACCUGAUCAGGAAAAUAAUUUCAGCUAGGCUUGUAUCGACACUGCUAACAUUAUUAUUAUUAAUUUAUUUUUUCUUUAUUUUACUUUAUUGCGUAACAACAGUAUUUAAAGGGUUAAAGCCAAGCGGCAACCUUUGCAGUUCCUCAAACGUCCACUUGAGGCUGGCUCCAGAAGUGAGUCAGUCUCCAUAAGUCCCCAUGUUGAAAUGUCCAACUUCACAGCAGAAAUAAACACGUUUACAGCCUAUAGUCAGAGCCAAGAAAUCGUCUGUGACAUAACCUCGUGUAAAAUAGCAAAUGUUUUUCACUUGGAUCAAAAAAAUGUUAAUUAAUGAGCUUUAAAGUUGCCAGUUGACAGAUUUUGGACAGAGCUGAACCCUUUGUGCUCCGCUAAGAUGACAUGCUGCUGGAUUUAGCAGAACUUUUGUCUUCUGGCAAUAAAUACAGAAACUGCCAGCACGUGAUUAUGACGUCCGAGUUACUGUAGCCCACUCCAUCGCUUUGGUUUCCUCUUUCUUCAGCUCUGGCAAACCGAACCAGUAAUUGCUGGUUGAUGUAAAACUAGAUUUUAAAACCCGCGGUAUAAACCGGAUACACGGGAGAGAUUUGGGUUUGAUCAGCGUUGCGUGAACGCGUUUGGCUUGAAUGUAAAAGUGCCGCUUGAACAGAGAUAACAUGAUGCUAACUCUCCACCAGAAAGGGAAUAAAUACGAAUGUCCCUAAAGGUUCUUUAAACUUCGUAUGUAACCUUUUAAAUUUAGAAAGUGUAAUUAGUUUGUUUCCAAGUUGCAGAUAAUUAAAUUGUGACAUUUGUGGCAGGACAACAUUUAAAAAAGUGCAUAUUUAACAGUGUGGGCAGAUUAAAUACUCUAAAUAUAAACAAUAUAUCUAUCACAUGACUUGUUCUAAAACUUGCCCUGAUGCUGUAUUUAUUCCUACACUCAAUCCUCUUAAUCCAAAAUGUUUAAUUAGGUCGUGCAUUGGCGUGAAGUGUGUGAAAUGGUCUUGCAUAUAUAUAUACAUAUAUAUAUUUAUAUUUUUAUAUAUUUCAUACAUGACAGUGGUGUAAAUGUGACUUCAGACUUGAUAUGUCCUGAUAACAGGUCACACUGACACAUCCAUUUAGCAAUAACAACCUGAAACAGCCCGGUAAUGUAGUGACAAAGAUCUGGGCUGCUCUUCUUCUUCUAAAGGUCUUAAACACUGAACUCUUCUGAGACAGUUCAUCCUCUCGCUUAGCUCUAUACUGCAUGUACACACAUGAUCUACAUGUUCAGUCAAUAUUUGUCUAAUUAAAAGCUGAUUUUAGUCCUAUGCAAAGGUCUGUGCAGCCGUCGACUUUUUUGCACCUUUUAACGUGCUACUGGGGAAAAAAAUGUGAUUUUUUUUUUUUUUGCAUAUUUGUUUGAAAUCUACACAAAGCUCUCUGUUCCAGCCAACUUUUUAAAUAAAACCAUACAGUGUAAAAACA